AUGACGUCGGACCUGGCAGCAUUCACCCUCGGCAGUGUCGUCGCGAUCGUACGCGGCUAGAUUCUCUAUCGGUGAUAGCGGUGCGAGAUUCAUUUGAGAAGCCUCCGGGAAACUCUGGGAAAUUCCAGGAAUUGGAAAUCGGUACAUCGAUUUUCCUUGGUAACCAGCAUCUUUCAUUAACAAAUAUUCCUCUCUCUUUCUCUCUCUCUCUCUGUCUCUCUGUCUCUCUCUCUCUCUCUCUCUGUCUCUCUCUCUCUCUCUCUCUCCCUCGCCCUCUUUUCUCUCCCGAUCGUGUGUGUGUUGUAUAUAUGUUUCGUUUUGAUCGCCGUUUCAGCGCACGGAAGAUCUCUACGUACUUGUGUUCAUAUUUAAUAACGGGUAAUGGGACUCAAAGGAAAAGUGGAAGCAGUGGGCGUUACGAACUGUGAACCACCUGUGAAUCGAUCUAUGAAGAAUAAUCGACGAUUGUUUACUGGUCUCCUUCCGCUUUGUUUCCCGCCCUUGUUUUCCCUACGUUUCGAGUAACUAUCGACAGAAAGUCGUAAGUCGAAAAGAUUUCGCAGGGCCACUAACUUAGCAAUCUAUUUCUUCAUUGAAACCUGUUUAUACCUGAAUGAUACCACUGCAAUAUGGCAAGUAACAUCAUCAGAAAACUAACUAUUUUAUAGCUUUAUAAUAUUUUAUAAUAUUUAUUUGAAAGAUCUCGUUCAAGUAUUUGCAACAUGGCUUUUUGAUUAAAACAAUCAAUUUUUGGUUCGUCACUACGUUACGAAACGUAGCACGGAACAUUAUAUACAUAUAUACGUGAUUUUCCUAGAAAUUUUAAUACUCUUGAAUUUCUAUCGUCGUAACUCAAAAUAGAUCUAGUAAUUUAUUUUCCAUUCGAGAGAUUCUAUGCUGAGAGAAAUUACGCGACAAACAUGUUGCAUUGGUUGUAAUUAAUGCAGAAUAAUCGAAGAACGCUUUCAAUUUAGUCAAUUUUCAUGUGUGUAGUUACUAGGAUUAAUUAGUAAGAUGUGAUUGCCUAUGACUGUUUAAUCAUAGUACUAAGACUAUUUGAUUAACCGUUCUCGCGUCGUUUCAAGAAUUUUGCGAUUAAUCUUAACUAGUUCCAAUGUGUUUAAUUUACUAAUUAACGUUACCGUAAAUAGAAAAUUGAAAUAUUACAUAUAUCUAUAUGAUACAAAAUUCUAUGUAUAUAAUAUAUUAUAUACUAAAGUAUAUAUACUAAAGUACUAUAUUAUUGCAUCACGAAGAUAUCUAAUUCGUAGUAAUUUCUGAGCCCUUUUUAAAAUGAACUAUCUGCUUUUGACUUUGCAUCUUUAAAAUGAAAGCAUUUUAAAAUUUCCUUCUUUGGUCGAUUUAUUUUUAACGAUAAUCCGAUCUGAAUAAAUUAAUUCGUCCUUCGUUUGCCAGAAGCUAUAAACUCACGUUGUUACGCUUCAACAUCGUUAGAAAAACUCAAUAAUCGUUCGAAUGUCAUUCUCUUAUGUCUCUCCAUUUUUUUGACGUGCAUUCAAAUUUUUCAAAAAGAAUGCGUUUAGAUUAAACCACACAGCUUCCGUCAAGAUGUGAUAGAUUUCUUUUACGUAAGUGAACUUCUACUUAAUAAGUAAAUAACUUAAGAAUGUUAUAUUCAAACAUUCAAGUAAAAGGUAUUACAUUUUUAUCAUAAAUGUUUUCGUUACGUGCAUUUGAAGAAUUAUUUCCAAAAAUAAUAAUAUAUAUAUAUAUAUAUAUAUAUAUAGUUCGUCUAGAAUUCCAUAAUUGAAAAUCAAUCCAUGUAAUUAUUAAAUAAUUAUUAAAAAAGUGUUUCAUGUAAUUAAUAAAGAAUCGCGUUUUAUAGUGAAAAACAAUUGUAAUGAUCUAUUAUUUUGAAGUUAUUAACACUAGUUAUAUUAUUUUGCAGAUCAGUGACUAUUUGAUGUUUUGAAAACGAUCAACAUGAAGUAUUUGAAGUUUGUUCUAUUUACGUUCAACUUAUUGAUAUGGGUAAAGUAUUAAUUAUUUAAUUAAUACAGAUUAUGUCAUAGCGUGCCGAUCUUGCUUAUAUUUUUAUUCUUUUUUUUUUUAUAUUCGCAUGAAAUGAAAAUAAGAAUUUAAAAAUACUAUAUGUAUUUAGACUAUGUUAAUUAUUAAUGAGGAUACGAGUUUAUUCUUUGUUUACAUCUCUGUGAGAAAAUAUCAAGGUUUUUUUACACAAUACUAAAUUAUUCUUAACACAUAUUUUGCAUUACACUGAUAAGCACCGAUUCUUAUAGAAUUUUGCGUUCUGAAUACAAAUAUAAAAAUAUUUCGUUUUCUUUCUGAAUACAAAUAUAAAAAUAUAACGUUUUCUUCUCUAUCACUGCCAGUUUUUGAGAAAAUCAAUUUCUGUUAUAUUUAUCGAUUACUCGUACGAAUAGGCUUAAAAUUAAUUUUCAAAUUCUUGAGAAACUCAAAUCCGAAAUUUUGUAGUUGAAAGUUUCAAAACUUUUGAAACUCGAAACUACCGAGUUGAAUUUGAAGUUCUGAUGCUUUUAAAAGAAAUGUAUAUUUAUUUCAAGAACUGGAAUUAAUACUUUUACAUAAAUUUUUAACACUUUUUUUAACAAAUUUUUAUUCAUAGAUAAACAUAAAAUCCAAAUCCGUAUUUAAGAACAUUAACAUCAGAAUCCUUUUUGGAUCUAAUCUAUUGUCUUUUUGUCAACUAUAAUGUAGUUGCUAAGUCUUUCAAAGUAUCGCGUUGAUGUAAUAAAAUAUUUUCUUAAUAAUUCCUUUACAUUUGAAUAUUUUACAUUCUCAUUUCAGAAUUACGAUCGAUCACACACUUGUUUAUAUCCUUGAAAACAAAAACCGAUCACCGAGCAUUCGCAGAGCAUCUCACACUGAACAUACGAGAUAUACACAGAUCAAACAUUUUUCACUCACGCUGCACAUGAUUCUUUAUUGCUUUUAUACUUUUUUUAAUCAAAAGUUUCAAAAAGACGAAAGUUUCAAAUUCGCGAAACACGAGACUUUAUCGAAUUUCAAGAUUUUGAAAGGUUUCAAGAUUUUGACGCUUCGGGUAACUCAUAUAUAGUUGUUCCGUGGCAAAAGAUGAUAAAUUCAUAUAGAUUAAUUUUCUAGAUUAAUGUUUUCAAAUAAAAUAGGAUGUCUUUUCUCAUCAGAUUACCAAACACAAUAAAAUAAAAGAAAUACAAUACUAGAACUUUAUUUUAUUUAUGUGAAAUAACAUUUUCUAAUAAAGUAAGCUAAUGCAAUCACAUGAAUGAAAAGAUACCGUUGCAGCCUCUUGCGGAAAAUGUCAAGCAGCGUUAAAUGUUAUCUAAGGAUCACUAAUAAUACCUUAUAUUUUGCGGAGUAACUCUGCGACAGAAAAUAAAAUUUCUAUUGUAGCGUUCUGUGAUGGUUUCUACGAGAGAGAAUGGCGGUCUAUCGCUGACAGAGUAGUAAGAGUUUCUUUUCAACCUACAGUUUUAAAAUAAAUUGAAAAAUAUUCAGAAAAAUUUGUACGUUUUAGAAUUCUUUCCAUCUUGAGCAUUUUUUAUAACAAUGUUUAAAUGUUUAAGUACAUGAUGUAAAAAUAUAUUAUAAUGUUUCAAUGGCAUAAAAAUGAUUGUAGUCAUUUAUUAGUAACACAAAAAAUAUUCGAAGUUUAAAAUUUGCGUUUUCUUUUUUAAAAAUUACUUUCUCAAACAUUGACGGUUUUCAUGUUUAGAAAUGUUUUCUUGUUCGUCCAUACGUGAAAUCAUUUGAAGAUAUUGUGGAUUUGACAAUUCUACAUCGAUAAACGUCCACAAUUUUAUUAUUGUUAAUAUACUUUACAUGUACAGUACUUUAUGCGAUUAGAUUAUGAAAUCGACACGUAAACAACAUCUGAAAUAAUAGCCAUAGAAAAGAAGGAGCAAAAUAAAAGCAAAUUAUUUUGCACAGGAAUGAUUAAAUUUCAUUGCAUUUGCAAUAGUUCGUUGCGUAGUUGCAUGAAGUACCUACUUAUAAGAAGUAUAUACUUAUUGUUAGUUUCAUUAUGUAUAGAAAAAGCUAUAGAGAAAGACAUUAUUCAACAGUUCGCUGGAUGGACAGUACUGACGAUAGGAGCAUGUUUACUAUGCGAGCCAAGCAAAGGAUACUUGUUAAACCUUUUCGUACCCAACGCCACCCCGCACGAGACUAUCAACCUAAUCGCUUACAGUUUGCUGGGUCUCGGUUGUACGGUGUUGACGGUCGGUUUCUUUGGAUGUCGCGCUGCCCUGCAUGGAAAUCAAUGUGUACUGGCUACCUACAUGAGCAUGCUUGUGGCACUGAUCGUCACCGAACUCGUCACCGCAGCUGUCGGUGGACUAAUGACAUUUCGAAUACUUUCCGGCUUGGAGGAGCGACUGAUUAACAAGUUGAUUAUCCAUUAUGGUCACGAAUCAACCAGCGACAUCCCUUUCAGCCAUAGUCUCGACUUCGCGCAAUAUAAGUUUAAUUGCUGCGGAAUAUAUGGAUAUGGGGACUACAAUGGCACAGCAUGGUGGAGAGAUGCGCAAAUUUCGGGGAACAGGAGGCAAGUGCCGCUCACCUGUUGCGUUUUAAAAAAUACAGAGACGUUCGGUAUAAUAACAUCGGCUUUCCUUUGUCGAACGAUAAGGGACAUGCAAGUGAAUUGAGAUGACAAAAAUGUAAUUACAAAACAAAAGGAAAACCAAUUUCCAGUUCCCAGUUCGGUUGGGUUUAAGAGGAAGUCAAAUGCAUCAUUUUAACAUUUCAUCUCAGUUUCAACGAUACUGCGAUCGAAGAUCGAUCGAGGGAACAACGAUUCACGUGAUAAUAACUAAACAUUCCGAGAAAAUUUCGCAAGAGAUUCAACGAGAAACAUCGCGCAAGAAUCUCUUGCAAAAAGCUUAUCUUUAUUUUUAAGAACAUUCGGUGGUUGCCAAUAUUUAUUGUAGAGUAAUAGAAAGCCGUGCUUUCUCGUAACCAUCCCGUCCCUUGUAUGUAUGUGUGUGUCUCAUUAUAAAAUAUCGUGCCAAAUUCAAACGAGAAAGAAACGUUUACAAUAUUGUACAUAAAAUGAUGUUGAUGUCUCUUUGUUGAAAUCAAUCAGCAUUUACAAUAUCACGUUGUGUCGUAUUCAUAUUCGAGAAUUUCGGGAAAGGCGAUUUCCUCGUCACGGCAUACAGCUCUAAAUUGGUUUUUUAAAAUUUAUAAUUAUAUGUGAAUCUGUAAAUGCGCGUGCAAAUGGUAUAAUAAAACGACGUGAGAAGGCGAAAUAAAAGAUCCAGACGAGUCAGAUAAUAAACAGAACAGAGAUGUCGGCUUUACAUUCUUCGUGAAAUUCGCUUCACACGCAACAAUCCACGAUAUCUAUGAUUUACGCCAAUGAUUUGAAACACCGUGUGAUUUAUAUACGUUGGCAAGUGCAUAUGUUCCAAACUACUUUGUUUACUACUAUUUUUUACUGGAAAAAGAAACCGUCGAAGAAUGAAUGUACCCAAUAUCGAUGUAUACGUGUAUGAUACAUAAUCCAUAUAUACUAGCACAAAUCAGAUAUCCAAAUAAAACAAAAUCAAAAAAACUCUAAUGUAUUCUCCGUCAUAGUGUCUGCGCAGCAAAAAGGCAUUUUUUCGUUUGUGAAUAAUGUUGUUCGAUAAUUCGGAUAAACAGAGAAGACAAAUAUGUACAUUUUACAAUAAUUCGUGCCAAAUAGAUAAUACGAUAUAUUAAUAUACAUACAUACCUUGUGACGAGCGUAUUUAACUUUGUUAUAUCUUUAUUUUCUGAUAAGAUUUGUUGGAAAGUAUUUGACGUAUUCAUAAAAUACAUUAAGAAAAAUAAAC